GUUUGCCAUAUCUCACUGUGCGAUGAGAUACAACACUUGUUUAAAAGAGUGUCUGGGCGUGCGACUGUUGUAAGCUGACACGCAAAUAAAUGCCAAAGAACAUAAGAAGACAAUCCUGAUGUGCUUUAAAUACCAUGAGAGCUUCACCACAGUACCACAGUUGCUGCAGUAUCAAGAUGGUAUCACUGGUAAAGGUCCUUUGUGCCGUGGUUUUGGUGUCGUGCCCAAGUCAUGUGUUUGCUAGUGACAUUAAUAUGAAAAACCAUACUGAAGAAGCAGUUCAAAAAGCGUUCACAACUUCACUACAGCUUGAAACCAGCAAUUAUUCCCAUUCAGGACGAAUUUUUAAUGGAAAGAAUGCUAAUAUCGCAUCAUACCGUUACGUAGUGUGUCUACUUGAGAACAAAUCUUGUGAAUGUGGAGCUAGUGUUAUUACGUACUAUCACGGGUUGACUGCAGCUCACUGUGUGUACCCCAAUCCGAACAUUUCUAAGUUUGCGUUGUACGGAGGCAGUGCGUCGCUGAGCAAAGGUGGGAUCGUGUUUUAUCUCAGUAAAAUCGUAAAUCAUCCUUUAUAUAAUCCAAAGACAAACUAUUACGACGUAGCAAUACUUCAAGUGAAAAAAUCUCUAGAAGGAUACAAAAACAUUGCUCGCAUACCACUGCAAGACGCUGAAUUUCCUAGCAAUACUUAAUGUUACGUAGCUGGAUGGGGCUAUAAUUUAAAGACUAAUCCAGAUAAUCUACAAUAUGCCACCCAACUAACAGUGUCACAACAACAAUGCUCUGCUGCUUGGCCUGGUUCAAUUAUGUCCGCGAACAUUUGCACUAAGCAAGGCACAGACGGAGAUUUAUGUAACGGCGAUAGUGGAGGCCCAUCUGCAAAGGCAAGCUAACAGGUGUCAUUUCUUUUGGUGGAAUACCCUGUGACAGUAGUCCACCUACCGUUUUUGCUAAAGUUUCAGCUCCUACCAUUCGGUCAUUUAUUAAAACAUAUGCGGGGAUUUAAAAUGUAUUAAAAAAUAAAUGCUGCACAGUGUUAUUUGAU